AUGUCAAUACGACAUGAUCUUACUUUGCAACAGAAAAUUGAAUUAAUCAAUGAUAACAGGAAUGGUAAUGGUUUAUCUCAACGUACAUUGGCUGUAAAAUAUAAUAUUUCGCUUGGUUCUGUAUCAAAUGUAUUAAAACGUAAGGCAGAAUAUUUGGAUGAUUAUGGAGCAAAUCAGAAUCACAAUGUUAAACGAAAAAUAAUUCAUCGUUCAAAAAACAUUCCAAUAUCAGGACCGAUUUUACAAGAAAAAGCACGCGAAGUAGCUGAAUCAUUAGGUGAUAAGAUGGGUUCAUUUAAAGCAUCGAAUGGCUGCGGUGAAAGUUUAUCUGUUGAUAUUACAACUGCUGAUGAUUGGGUUCAACGAAUACCAAAAAUUAUUGAUGAUUAUGAUCCAAAGGAUAUAUUUAAUUGUGAUGAAACAGGGUUAUUUUUUAAAUUUAUGCCUGAUAAAUCAUUAACAUUAAAUAGAGAACAAUGUAAAGGUGGUAAAAAAUCAAAAGAACGCUAUACUAUUUUAUUUUGUGUUAAUUCAACUGGUGAAGAAAAAUUAAAACCACUUGUAAUUGCUAAAAGUUUAAAACCACGAUGUUUUAAAAAUUUAAAUGUUAGUAAACUUCCAAUAAAUUGGCGAGCAAAUAAAACAGCAUGGAUGAAUGUUAAGUUGUUUAGCGAAUGGCUAUCGGAUUUAAACGUAUCAAUGAAAAAGCAAAAAAGAAAAAUAAUAUUAUUUCUUGAUAAUGCACCAUGUCAUCCGGUUGAUAUCGAAUUAUCAAAUAUAAAAUUACAAUAUUUUCCACCAAAUACCACAUCAAAACUUCAACCAUUAGAUCAAGGUAUUAUACACGCAUUUAAAACACAUUAUCGUAAACAUUUAGUUAAACAUAUAAUAGCACGUUGUACAACAGCUCAAACACCAGAUGAUAUUAAAAUUACACAUUUAGAUGCUAUUUACUGGAUUGAUGCAGCAUGGAAAGCUGUUACGCAUACAACAAUACGAAAUACAUUUCGUGUAGCUGGUUUUAAAGAUAAACAACAUGAUGAUAUAACAACAGCAACAUCUAAUGAUACAGAAACAUCAUCAACAGAUAGCACAAAAUCAACGGAUGAUGAACCAUAUAAAGAUUUAAAAAAAUUAGAUGAUCUAUUAGAACAUGUCACAAUUGGUGGUCAAACAAUGAACGCAGCUGAUUUUGUUGACAUAGAUAAUGAUACACCCGCAUACAACGAAUGGUUUGAUCAGUGUGAACAACUUGUAUUAUGUGACGUUAAAGGACAAGAUGAUGAUUACGAUGAUGAUGAUCAAAUAUUAACAGAAUCACCACCAAAAUUAACGGAAGCAAUGACAAUGAUACGAAAACUUCAUUUACUAGCAACAACACAACAACCACAAUUACAUCAAUUAAUUAAUGAAUUAGAAUCAAAGUUAACUGAUGUUUAUAUUAAUUCAAAAACAAAAAGACAAACGACACUAGAAGACUUUUUUAAACAAAACUAA